UUCAAACGUGCUCAAUUUUUUGCAUAUUUUUUUAUUCUGAAUUUUAAACAAUUCUAGAUCAGUUUUCAAUCUGUGUGUAAUGUUUUUUAAUAUCAUUAUUAUAAAUUAUCAUGAUCUACCGUCUAAAAGUGUUCCAGACGUAUCCAUCCAAACUCAGCAAGCACCGGGAUCACCUUCUUUUUAGUUCAUCGUUUCUUUCCAGGUCCAUUUCGAAAUCUCAGAGCUUUUCCGCAAAACCAGGAAGUGAUCAAAAUGAGGAAGGUAGUAAUAAAAUUUCUGAAAAACUGAAAAGCAUCCCCAUAUCACGUAUUCGUAAUUUUAGUAUAAUUGCUCACGUCGAUCAUGGGAAGAGCACUUUGGCGGACAGAUUGCUUGAAAUCACCGAUACCCUGCGUCCAGAAGCAGGUAAACAGCAAGUACUUGACAGGUUACAGGUUGAAAAGGAGAGGGGUAUCACUGUGAAGGCUCAAACUGUCUCAAUAUUUUACAAUUACAAAGGCGAGGAGUAUUUGUUAAAUUUGAUCGAUACCCCAGGUCAUGUGGACUUUGCAAAUGAAGUGUCUCGGUCUUUGGCUGCUUGCCAAGGGGUUAUAUUAUUAAUCGAUGCCAAUCAAGGUAUUCAAGCUCAGACUGUAGCAAACUUUUAUUUAGCUCUUUUCCAAGAGCUUGUAAUAAUUCCUGUAUUAAAUAAAGUAGAUUUGAAAACCGCGCAACCUGAGGCAGUUAUAAAACAACUCGGCUCACUCUUUGAUGUAGAUCCGGAAACGGUGCUAAAGAUUUCCGCAAAAUUAGGAACUGGCUGUGAUGAGGUGUUGAAAGCCAUCAUCGAAAGAAUACCAGCUCCUCAGUCUAAUCCAGAAAGCCCACUGAAGGCCUUAAUCUUUGAUAGUUGGUAUAAUAAAUAUCAAGGUGCCGUCUCUCUUCUUUCAAUCAAAGAUGGAUCUCUAAAGAAAGGUGAUACUGUAGUAACGGCUCAUUCUGGAAAACCAUACAUUGUUAAAUCAGUUGGAAUCUUGCGACCUCAUGAAGAAGAAGUUGAAACAUUAUCUGGAGGUCAUGUUGGAUACAUGAUGUGCAACAUGCGCUCAACUGCUGAGGCUAAAAUUGGCGAUACAGUAUAUUUAAAAAGUGCGCCUGUGGAACCGCUACCAGGUUUUAGACCACCUCGCCCUAUUGUUUUUGCAGGCGUUUACCCUAUGGAUCAAUCAGAACAUAUAGCAAUGAAAAAAGCGCUCGAGAAAUUAGCUUUGAACGAUCCUGCUGUAACUGUUAUUCCCGAUACCAGCGCUGCCUUAGGUGCUGGAUGGAGACUUGGCUUUUUAGGUUUACUUCACUUGGAAGUUUUUUCACAACGCCUGGAGCAAGAAUAUGACGCAACAAGUAUAAUGACUGCUCCAGGUGUAACAUAUAAAGUCCGUAUUAAAGGUGAAAAAAUUGUCAGGUUACAUGGUAAAGAACUUUUGGAAAUUUCAAAUCCAGCACAUUGGCCUGAACAGCAGUAUAUUGUAGAGGUUCAAGAGCCGAUGGUCCUUGGCACACUUCUUCUUCCUGAACAAUAUUACAACCAAGUAGCGAAAUUAUGCAUAGAACGAAGAGGAGUUGAACAGGAAUCGUCAAUGAUUGACAAGACUCAAAUGAUGUGCAAAUUCAUCCUACCUCUAAAUGAAAUCAUUGUAGAUUUUCAUGAUGCCAUAAAAUCAGUUUCCUCUGGAUUUGCUAGUUUUGACUAUGAGGACCAUGGUUAUGAAGUAACUGACGUGACAAAGGUAGAUAUUCUUUUAAAUCAAAAGAAAAUCGAGGAACUGAGCAUGAUUGUCCAUGUUUCUAAAGUAAAGGACGAGGCCAAAAGACUUGUUGACAAAUUAGUAGAAAUAGUUCCUCGGCAGCAAUUUCAUAUCGCUGUUCAAGCUGUAGUGGGAGCAAAGGUCUUAUCCCGAGGUGAUAUAAAACCAUACAGGAAAGAUGUCACUGCAAAACUGUAUGGUGGUGAUUUGACGAGGAAAUAUAAGAAAUUGAGGCAGCAAGCUGAGGGCAAGAAGAAAUUAAAGAUGGUAGGAAAUAUUCAGUUGCAUCGCGAAACCUUCAUCGAAGUUUUGAAACGAUGAGUCCAAAGCACUUCUACUACUGUUUUUAUUUAGAUAUUUUGGUAAGCCUUACAUCGCUUAAGCUUCUUAAAGUCUCAAUGCUCUUUCAAAGGGAACUGAAAUUUCUGAAAGGUGCAGUCUUUAUAUCCUGUUAGACUUGGUCCAGGUGCCAAAACAUUGGUUAAAUUUUGAUGAAACUAGUUGGACAGACAAGAUUUAACUCAGCCAAAACUAGUUUGAUGAGAGGACACAUUAGAGUUCAACAAGGGCUUCGACUUUCUGGACCCAGCUCAUUUCAUUACUUCAAAACUGCUACAAAUUCCAUGUUGUUACGUAGCACACCACGUUUUUAAACAAUUUUAGCAUUUAAGACAAGCUGGAAAGCCCGAGACUGUUGAAACUUGAAUCGUUGCUAUGGGACCCAGGACGAUAGCUGUAAUAUAUCAUCUGGACUCUCUGAACCAGGGAUUCGUAAACCCACAGAAUUUGAUGGAAAAAUGGUUUUUGAAUCUCGGACUCAAAAAGCCAACUAAUUGCUUAGGGAAUAAUCAGCUUCUUUUGGUAUCACAUUAAGACCUUUUUUUUUCCUUUUUUAAAAAAAGCCUCUCGGCCUUUUCUCAUUGAUGGCAACAGUAGAUGUAGGCAAAUGGAGUGCAGAGAGAGAUCUUGAAUAGUUUUUUCUCUUAAAAAUCCAUCAAACAUCUUUCUAUUCAAAUGCAAAAUAAAAUGAACCAAUUAGAAAAUGGAAUAACUUAUAACUACUUGAAUCAAAUAAAUUGCUUGAAAUUAAAAUACUUAAACGUGAUAUGUUGCUGGAACAGUCUAUUGCUAGCGAAUAUGGUAUCAUCGUGUCCUGCACGACAGAAUCUUUUGACAUUACUUCUGAGGCAUCUUAGUAAUUUCACGAGAGAGCUUUUAUGGGAAGGAAGUGGUUUUAAUUUUUUACCCCCGUCCUAGCAUAAGGAAUCUUUCAGGGGACAUCCACCUCACUGAGUUCUGAUGCAGAGUUAAACUGUGUUAAAACAAGGUUCUCUCUCAUACUGAUUGGAUCACUUUGUUAAUUAUCUGUUUAUGUUGUUUGUUUAAUAAACAGAUUCGUUACCUCUCACAA